AUGUAUCGCUGCUCUUCGCGGGUCUUGGCAGAGCCAGAGGAGAACUUCAUUCACCGCGUGGAACGGCUGCUAGACAAUGAGCUGGUCAGGUUUGCGAUCUCGCAGCAACAGCAGCUAUCUGCGAAAAAUCAGGGCGCAGCCGGCGUGGUGCUGGCAGAAAGCAUGAUCUUUGCAGAUGCCCGCACAGGCAAGCGCAGCCGGUCCAAGCUCACAUUGGAACGAGAGCACGAGCCACCGGACGAGGACUCUGAUCCAGACGACAUGGACGUUCUCUCAAACUCCGGCGCUCGCCCAGGCAACUUUCCGAGCGAGAUGUCCCGCACGUCAAGUAACGACUCGGGCGAGAGGAGGAACGGCGACGAGUCGCAGCGCGUGCUCAAAGCACCCUUCUUCCGGUCGUGGGAGGACUUCAUGGAGUUCGACAACAACUAUAAGCACAAGAUCCCCAUCACGCAGAGCGAUUUCUCCCUCUUGCUGGAGAAGGAAUCACAGGGCAUGCAAGGUUGGGAUAUGUGCGUUGACCGCAAGGAGAUCAAGGUUGCCAAGACGCUUCAGUCCGACGGCGGCGGAUGUAUUUUCCUGCGGGCGUGGUCAUCGCUGCCGGAUGUGGAGUUGCCGGUUGUCUUCCACAUGUUCCACAAAUGUGAGAAGCGCAUGGAGUGGGACCGUGCAUUCUUCGAGAUGAAAGUUCUCGAUCAAGUUGAGGGAUCUGACAUUCUCUACAGCGUGUUGAGGGUCCCCGCCUGCACUCCUCGCGACUACGUCCAGUACCGGCGAGUCAAGGUGCUGGAGGAUGGAACAAUCCUCAUCAGUCUACGUUCAGCUAACCACCCAAACAUGCCGGAGAAGAAUGGGUACAUUCGAGCAGAGUCCUUCACCUCGGGCUAUGUGAUGCGCCGGUACAAUGACGGGGCGGAGAAGGGCACGAAAGUCUUCCUGAUGACGUGCACGGAUGUGAAGGGCAUCAUCCCGAAGUGGAUGAUAAACUUUGUCGCCCCUCGGAAGCCGGGCGAGUGGAUUGACUGCCUGAAGCGGGCUUGUCUCGAUUAUCAAGCUGCAAAUCCAGACUACAUGACCCUCGAAAAGGAAAUGGAGCCGUUCAAGCAGAACCAUCCUUUCGAUUACGAGGACGUGAACGCCAUGGACACCUCAAUUCGCAAUCAGUCUCCGACCUGGGUGACCCUCUGA